GCCCGCCGUCGCCGCGCAGCCAUGGCAACCGCGCUGAGCCCUCUGCGCGCCCUGCGCCGCGCCGCGCCAUGCCCCGGCGGCGGCGGCCGCCUCCUCCCGCCGCUGCCGCCGCGGAGCCGCCGCCUGCACCUCACGGCGCCCAGCAAUGAUGCGGUUGUAAUUUCUGGAAGGAAGCUGGCCCGGCAGAUCAGACAGGAAGCCCGUCACGAGGUGGAGCAGUGGGUGGCAGCCGGGAACAAGAGACCUCACCUCAGUGUUGUUCUUGUUGGUGAAAAUCCUGCAAGCCACUCGUAUGUGCUGAACAAAACCAGGGCAGCUGCUGAUGUAGGAAUCAGCAGUGAGACGAUCCUCAGGCCAGCCUCUAUUACUGAAGAGGAGCUACUGGAUUUGAUUAGCAAACUAAAUAAUGAUGCCAAUGUGGAUGGCCUGUUAGUGCAGCUUCCUCUACCUGAACAUAUUGAUGAGCGAAAGAUCUGCAAUGCUGUGACGCCGGACAAAGAUGUGGAUGGCUUUCAUGUGAUAAAUGUGGGGCGUAUGUGCCUAGACCAGUAUUCCAUGCUGCCAGCUACCCCGUGGGGGGUGUGGGAGAUCAUUAAGAGGACUGGCAUCCCGACACUGGGGAAGAACGUGGUCGUGGCUGGCAGGUCGAAGAACGUGGGAAUGCCCAUUGCCAUGCUGCUGCAUACGGAUGGCAGGCACGAACGCCCAGGAGGUGAUGCCACAGUAACAAUAUCUCACCGCUACACUCCCAAGGAGCAGCUGAAGCAGCACACGAUUCGGGCCGAUAUCGUGGUAGCAGCGGCAGGCAUACCCAAUCUGAUCACAGCUGACAUGAUCAAAGAAGGAGCUGCAGUUAUUGAUGUGGGCAUAACUAGAGUGCAGGAUCCUGUCACUGCCAAACCAAAACUGGUUGGAGAUGUGGAUUUUGAAGGGGUGAAGAAGAAAGCCAGUUACAUCACUCCAGUCCCCGGGGGAGUUGGGCCCAUGACAGUUGCCAUGCUGAUGAAGAACACUAUCAUUGCUGCCAAGAAACUAUUGCAACCUAAAGAGCUGAAGGCACUGACUGUUUAACGUGGGGACUCUCUUUAGCACUGAAAACAACAUUCCAAAUCGACUCCCAAGCAGGCCGAUAGAAAAUGCAAUAUUUUUAUUUAUUGUCUGGAAGUGAAUUUACUCUUCUGCAGUCAUAGAUAUUUAUUUGAAGCUGAAGUAUAUGUGCAUUAGUUGUACUAAGGCGUAAGCAUCUAAACUCUUGGCCUACUCAGUGUGUCAUGACUUCUAGCAAAGCUGCUUGGUUUAAGCUAGCUCUUCUCUACGAAGUCAAACCUGUAGCCUGCACCCCUCUUGCUGGCACUAGGGAGCAGUCUGGGUGUGCAGCUCCUGCAGGAGCUUCACACGGUGCUAGCACGCCUGCGCGAGGCGGAGUACUGCUCCACAGUGCCAAACAAAUGGCCUUGAUGUUUCCGUUCUCUCAAAUGCCCAGUCUAGGCAGACUGCUAGCAUUUGACUUGCUCUGAACUUGUUUACUUGACUCCCACGUUUAGUUUGAGUUAAGCUGUUCUGUAGAAGUUACUUGAAACAAGCCAUAUGUCUCUCCUCAGCCUAUCUGGAUCCCUGAGCAUUGGUAGAUCAGGUGGAACAUGUUCUUCUAGUGUGCAGCUAAGCUGGUAUUUGCUAGUGGGAUGGUGACUUUUAAAACCUUUUUUCCUCUCUAACCAAAGAACACUGUGGGGGCUGUUGGUGACCAGGCUGAACCCCUGAAGUUUCCCUGGACUAUAUUGUAAAGCAUGCAAGUGCUUAGUGAAUAAUCCAGGCUAACUCUGAAUAAAAGUAUGAGGGGGAGAAAAAAA